AUGCCCGGCCUCUGCCUCCCAGCCCGGACACGGCACGCCAAACGGAGAGAGUCGGCCCCCCCGCCCGCAUACCAGCCCAUCGAUGGCACGGAACCCUCGACCACGACGACGGAUAAGCUGCGCCGGCUCUCCCACGACUUCAGCACGCUGACGAUGCGGAGAAGGAGAGGCAAGUCCAAGGACGACAAGAUCCCCGGGCCGUCGCCGGGUGAGGAAUCCCCGCCACCGGGUUCGGACGUCACGUCCCUCAUCCUCAUGGACAUUGCGCCGCGGGAGGCCGCGCCCGAGUACUACAGGGGGGAAUGGCUCGCGUGCCUCGAGUUCACGACGCGGGACCUGCCGCGGCUCAUGGCGGAGGGAUUCUUCUGGGACGAGGGAAACGUCGUGCCGGAGGGAGGGGGCCAGGGGCUGCGGCAGUAUGAGCAGCAGUUUGGGUUUCGGCAUGCGCGGGUAUAUAGGUGUCGGAGCGGAGGGGAUGGGCCGGAGUGGACGGGGACAAUACGGGUGUCGGCGAGGGAGCUUAGAGUGCUGACCGACUUUGAGAUUGGGAUGCUGAGCGUGGAUUUGGUAUUUAGGAUGGAGGCGACUUGUGGAUCGGGUGAGAGGAGGCAGAAGGUGUAUCAGUAUAGCGCACAGGAGGGGGAGAAGAACUUCAAUGCGUGGUAUGAUGAGGCGGUCUUGAAGGGUUGGUGGCCGUGGCCCUGA